AUGUUGAGAGUUGAAUUGUCACCGUCGACCACUAAACUCCACACCACACACAAAAUGGACGAAGUGAUUGAGAUCCUCGGCCAGCAGCCAGGCCUCAACAUUUACACGCAAAUAGCUGUUCUCUUCGCAGUGGAGGAGGACUCUUCAUACCCGAAUAUCGUCAACACUCUCUCCAGCGGUCUUGAGCGCCUCGCUGGCAGCUUCCCAUGGGUUGCUGGUCAGGUUGUGAACGAAGGUGCCGGCGACGGCAACACGGGCGUGUACAAAAUCAAACCCUUGAAGGCGACUCCUCCGCUGGUGAUCAAAGAUCUUCGCGAUACCUCUUCAGCACCCACGAUGCAUGCCCUGAGGCAAGCCAACUUCCCAGUCAACAUGUUGGACGAGAGUAUUUUCGCACCCCGCCCAACACUGCCGAUUGACCCCGCGCUGGCAUCUGAGCCCCAGCCAGUCUUUAUCGUGCAGGCUACUUUCAUCAAAGGUGGUCUUGUUCUCACUUUUCUCGGUCAUCACCAACUGAUGGACGGCACUGGCCAAGCCCAAAUCAUCGAUCUGCUGUCCAAGGCAUGUCGAAAUGAGCCAUUUACCGAGGAAGAAGUUGCGACAGGCAAUCUUCCCCGUCAAAACAUCAUCCCACUGUUGGAACACAAGGUUCCGGCUUCUGAUGUCGCGCCUUUCCUCGUCACGCCACCAAAGGGACCACCCCAAGAGCCUGCAGCGUGCAGAUGGGCUUACUUCAACUUUCCAUCCGCCUCCCUCUCAGCCCUCAAAGCGCUCGCCUCAGAAUCUGUCACGUCUGGCUACAUCACAACUGAUGACGCCCUCAGUGCUUUCAUCUGGCAAUCAGUAUCUCGCAUCCGCGCACCGCGUUUAAAUGCUGAGGAGGAUGUAAAGUUUGCUCGGGCGGUGAAUGUCCGUAGUUUUCUCAACGUCCCACAGACGUUCCCCGGACUCAUUCAGAGCAUGACAAACAAUAGUUUCAGUCUCAAGAGACUGAUAGACGAACCUUUGGGCGUUGUAGCGUCCGCUUUGCGGUCCACUGUUGACCCGAAAGCUCUGGGAUAUGCUACGCGCGCCUUCGCAACCGUACUUGACAAAACUGCGAAUAAGGCAGGCUUCUCUUUUACGGGAACCCUCGAGUUGCAUAGGGACAUCAUGCUAAGCUCAUGGGUGAAGAUGGACUUGUAUGAGCAGGAGUUCGGCCUCGGAUUGGGCAGGCCCGAGUCCGUUAGGAGGCCUCAGUUCACUCCUGUUGAGAGUCUCAUGUACCUGCUUCCUAAGACGCCGGAUGGUGAUAUUACAUUGGUAACGUGUCUGAGGGAUGAGGAUAUGGAUAAGUUGAGGUCGGAUGCCACCUUUAAGAAGUAUGCAACCCACAUAGAUAACAAGCCAUAG